AUGACUGGGAAGGUGUGGCGGGAUAACAGAAGAUUCUGCAUGUCGACGCUGCGCAAUCUUGGCUUUGGAAAGUCUGUGAUGGAGGACAAAUUGGCGGUAUUCACGUGCAGCGGUGUGGUGGUCUCCUUCCUCCUCCAGAUCAUAGCGUUAAUCUUGCACAGAGACUAUUGCAGUACUGAAAAUGAUAUUGUAGUGGAGGACCUCUUCAUCCCUAAAGGGACGGUUGUGCUCUUCAACUUGUGGGCUGUGAGUCGAGACCCUUCGCUUUGGAAAAACCCACAUCGCUAUGACCCCACUCGGUUCCUGCGGGAGGACGGCUCCUUAAUUCGAGAGAAGCCCAGCUAUCACGUUGGCUUCUCCUUUGGAAAACGGUCUUGUCCUGGUGAGGCGUUUGCAAUAAUGCAAAUAUUUUUGUUGGUAACCUUCACGCUUCAGCGGUAUAACGUCGAGCUUGGUGACCAACUCCCCUGCGAAUUGGAUGACCCAGCAAUCGACCUUGGCGUGCUGAGAAAGAUGAGGUUGCGCUUCGAGCGUCGCUCCGUGAAUACAGAGACAUGUAAUGAUGUGCGCGAAUAA